AUGGCUGAGAUCCGCCGUAAGCUCGUCAUCGUCGGCGACGGUGCCUGUGGUAAAACUUGCUUGUUGAUCGUCUUCUCUAAGGGUACCUUCCCUGAGGUCUACGUCCCCACCGUUUUCGAGAACUACGUCGCCGAUGUCGAGGUUGACGGCAAGCACGUCGAGCUGGCCCUUUGGGAUACUGCCGGCCAGGAGGACUACGAUCGUCUCCGCCCCCUUUCCUACCCCGACUCCCACGUCAUCCUGAUCUGCUUCGCCGUCGACUCCCCCGACUCGCUGGACAACGUUCAGGAGAAGUGGAUCUCCGAGGUUCUGCACUUCUGCCAGGGCCUGCCCAUCAUUCUCGUCGGCUGCAAGAAGGAUCUCCGCUACGACUCCAAGACGAUUGAAGAGCUGCGUAAGACCAGCCAAAAGCCCGUCUCCCCCGAGGAGGGUGAGGAAGUCCGCAAGAAGAUCGGCGCCUACAAGUACCUCGAGUGCUCCGCCAAGACGAACGAGGGCGUCCGCGAGGUUUUCGAGCACGCCACGCGCGCUGCUCUGCUCUCCCGCAGCCGGAGCAGCGGCAAGAAGCACAAGUGCAUGAUUCUCUAA